GGUUUAAUAUAUAGGGAUACAAAAGUGGGCCCACUCUUGGUCGACUUUCGAGGUUCAAUCUUCAUUCCAUCAAUCAUCUUCUUUCUUCAACCUAUGCUCUGCUACGACUUUUAAUACCUUAACCAAAUCGAAGCUCACUCGAAAUCAAUGGAGAUCAAGCCUGGUUUAUCCGCUCUCGUCACUGGCGGCGCCUCCGGCAUCGGUCGAGCUCUCUGCUUGGCUCUUGCAGAGAAAGGUGUUUUUGUAACCGUUGUUGAUUUCUCCGAGGAGAAAGGGACAGAGACGGCUUCUCUUGUUCAAAAGGCCAAUGCUCCAUUCCAUCCCGGUUUAAACUCUCCUUCUGCUAUCUUUGUCAAAUGUGAUGUCACUAACAGAGGAGAUCUCAUUGCUGCUUUUGACAAGCACUUAGCCACAUUUGGAACACUGGACAUCUGCAUAAACAACGCUGGAAUUUCCAAUCCUGCAAGAUUUGAUAAAUAUGACAGUGAUGGAUCUAGAUCAUGGAGACGCACCAUUAAUGUGGAUCUUGUUGCAGUAGUUGAAUGCACACAACUUGCAAUCAAAGCUAUGAAAGGCAAACAAAAGCCUGGAGUUAUCAUUAACAUGGGCUCAGCUGCUGGUCUUUAUCCAAUGUCCUUUGAUCCUAUCUACUCUGCUGCCAAAGGCGGUGUUGUAUUAUUUACUAGAUCAUUAGCACAUUUGAAGCGUCAAGGGAUCCGAAUCAAUGUGCUUUGCCCUGAAUUUAUCCAGACGGACUUAGCUGAAGCUAUUGGUGCUUCCUUCCUUCAGUCAAUAGGCGGUUACAUGCCCAUGGAUAUGCUUAUUAAAGGUGCUUUUGAGCUUAUAACCGAUGAGAGUAAAGCCGGUGCAUGUUUAUGGAUUAGCAACCGCAGGGGUUUGGAGUAUUGGCCGACUCCAAUGGAACAGGCAAAGUACUUGGUUGGUUCAGGUUCCCGCAAAAGAACUUCCUUUAAAGUAACUUCAACUAUUGAACUUCCUCAAAGCUUUGAGAAGAUAAUUGUACACGCCUUGUCUCAUAAUUUCCGUAAUGCUACCCGCAUAGUUCGGACACCACUACAGUUACCCAUUAGACCACACCAAGUUCUUUUAAAAAUCAUCUAUGCUGGUGUUAACGCAAGUGAUGUAAACUUCAGCUCAGGUCGUUACUUUACCGGUGGCUCGCCUAAGCUUCCUUUUGAUGCUGGAUUUGAGGGAGUUGGACUAAUUGCAGCGGUGGGAGAAUCUGUUAAGAAUUUAGAAGUUGGGACUCCAGCUGCUGUUAUGACAUUUGGAGCAUAUGCUGAAUACAUGAUAGUUUCUUCUAAGCAUGUGCUCCCUGUUCCAAGGCCAGAUCCAGAAGUUGUUGCCAUGCUUACUUCAGGAUUAACUGCUUUAACCGCCCUUGAAAAGGCAGGAGAAAUGAAAUCAGAUGAAACAGUACUUGUGACUGCUGCUGCUGGAGGGACUGGGCAAUUCGCUGUCCAGCUUGCAAAGUUAGCCGGAAAUAAGGUAAUUGCUACUUGUGGAGGAUCAGAGAAGGCCAAGUUAUUAAAAGAGCUUGGUGUAGACCGAGUCAUUGAUUAUAAAGCCGAGGAUAUUAAGACGGUCCUGAAAAAGGAGUUUCCAAAGGGUGUGGAUAUCAUAUAUGAAUCUGUUGGUGGUAAAAUGUUUGAUCUGUGCUUGAAUGCUCUUGCUGUUUACGGACGACUCAUAGUGAUUGGAAUGAUCUCUCAGUAUCAAGGGGAGAAGGGAUGGCAGCCAUCUAACUAUCCAGGGCUGUGCGAGAAAAUUCUUGCUAAAAGCCAAACCGUGGCUGGUUUCUUUCUGGUGCAAUAUAGUCAACUCUGGAAACAAAAUCUCGACAAGUUAUUCAAUCUUUACUCUCUCGGAAAGCUUAAGGUUGGGAUUGAUCAGAAAAAGUUUAUAGGUCUAAACACUGUUUCAGACGCUGUUGAGUAUCUGCAUUCGGGUAAAAGCACCGGAAAGAAAAGUUAGAAGAACCUAAGUUUUCAUGGGGCCUAAGGGCAUCAUUGCUGGUGUCCCUUAGGUUGAGGCCAUUAAGCGUAAGGUCCCUUAACUUUUAACUAAAAACGUUAAGGACUUCUUACAAAUCCCUUAUUUAAGGACCGUUCCUUAGCUUUUUUAGUUAAAAGCUAAGGGACCCUAUGCUUAAGGACCCAGCUUAAGGGACACCAAUAAUGAUGCCCUAAGACCAUGAUUAUCCCUAAGAAACCCAACCCUUAGUUUUAAAAAAAAAAAAAAAAAAAAUUAAAAAACAAAUCAAUCGCUGGCCGCCACGAGUCAGUGGGACCCGCGAACAGUGUAAGAAACUCACUAAGAUCGGUUCUUAAUUAGUAGUUUUUGUAACCGAUCCUUAAGGAUUUUGUGGGGAUCCACGCACUAAGAAACUCACUAAGGACCCCGGAUAAUCAUGCUCUAAUAGGCAUGGAAACACACAAAAUUUAUAAGGUCACAUGGUUCAAAAAGCCCAUUUCCAGAGAGACUAAUUCAUAAAAAGCAAGUUAGAGAUUUUGUUACAUUUUCAUGGGCAGGUUGUGGUUUGCAUUGAUCCGACGUUUGAGCAGACAACGUCGAGGCUGUGAA